CUUCCUACGAUCUCGUGAUAAUGGUGUUCACUUCGUCGACGCCGAUCGACGAUCGUGCCAGUCUCAACAAGGCUAUCGAGUCAACAAAGCUUGAAAAAGCAGAUAUCGAGGGAAUACGAAAUACGACGGCUGUGUUAGCUAGGUACACUCAAGAGAAAUCCAGGCCUCUCUUCGAUGCGGAAACACAAUGCAUUCUUGCAGUCCCUAAACCAUUUGAAACUACACCACUCUCUUCCUUUGACUUCUUGAAAGACCUCCUCUCGAAGGCUCAAGCGGGAGCUGUUAGCCUAUCAUGUUCCAGCAUUCUUGCUGGUCGUUCAAGCGAUUCAGACGAGUUCUCAGAUGUUGCUUUCUAUGCAGGAGAUCUCGAGGAUGAAGGACGGGUGGAGGAAAGCACUAUUAGCAAGCUUGGUCUAUCUAACUUGUUAGAAGUGGGAGAGAUUAUCCCCGUGAAAACGGAUGCCAACACCUUAGCAGCUGUCUCAGCCAUCCCACAAAAGGAUGUCGAAGCCUGCUCCAACGAGAUAUCGCUUUUCAACCAAGCAUUAUCCAAGUUGGAUUCACGCUUAGAAUUCACCGUUGAGCUCCCGGGUGAUGAGGAAGGCCAUGUUAUCCACUUUGUUGUAGGGAAGUAUGAGGAGAAGUGGUGCGGCCUGACCACAGCUAGCAUCCAACUGGAAUGAAUCAGCCACUCGAAUUUGUGGUAUUGACAAAUUUAGAGCCCCGUACGCAAUAAUUGUACGACACAAAUUGGGCCUCUAAAUGGCGUUUGUGCAUCAUCGCUGACAAGCUUCCUACCCCCUCGG